CUCUGCGAGGAGAUAACAGCUUCUCCUUUAGUCUUCCUCAACGGUUUGGAGCAAUGAACGAUAGUCCCUUGCAAGUGCUUACGUUGCCUACUUCUCCGUACCCCGACCAGAGGCCUGGAACCAGUGGCCUGAGGAAGAAGGUCCAUAUUUUCCAGUCUAAAAAGAACUACUUGCACAACUUCAUUCAGUGCAUCUUCUCCUCCAUCGACCUGCGGGACAGGCAGGGCUCCACUAUCGUUGUGGGUGGAGAUGGACGCUACUUCAAUUCGACUGCAAUUCAGGUCAUAGUGCAGAUGGCUGCUGCUAAUGGGGUGGGCCGUGUUUUGAUUGGUCAGAAUGGAAUCAUGUCGACGCCGGCUGUGUCAUGUGUGAUCAGGAAGAUUAAAGCCAUUGGUGGGAUUAUUCUUACAGCCAGUCACAACCCUGGAGGACCUGACGGAGACUUCGGCAUCAAAUUUAAUAUUGCCAAUGGAGGUCCAGCACCAGAGGCUGUCACAAAUAAAGUCUUCCAAAUGAGCAGAAUCAUAGAGGAAUAUGCCAUCUGUCCUGAACUCAGAGUUGAUCUAGGGACUAUUGGCAAGCAAUCCUUCGACCUGGAGAACAAAUUCAAACCUUUUACAGUAGAAAUUGUGGACCCAGUUGAAUCAUAUGCCAACUCUCUGAGGAACAUCUUCGAUUUUGCCAUUUUGAAGGAGUUACUAUCAGGAGACAAUCACAUACAAAUCCGUUUAGAUGCCAUGCAUGGAGUGAUUGGGCCGUAUGUGAAGAAGAUCCUGUGUGAGGAGCUGGGCUCCCCUGCAAAUUCAGCCAUUAACUGUGUACCUCUGGAAAACUUUGGAGGUUGCCACCCAGACCCCAACUUGACGUAUAGCGCAGACCUUGUUGAGACGAUGAAGAGUGGACAGUAUGACUUUGGAGCUGCUUUUGAUGGUGACGGUGACCGUAAUAUGAUCCUUGGGAAGCAUGGCUUCUUUGUAAAUCCCUCCGACUCAGUUGCCGUCAUUGCUGCAAACAUCUUCUGCAUUCCUUACUUCCAGCACACAGGAGUAAGAGGCUUUGCUAGGAGUAUGCCCACCAGUGCAGCUCUAGACAUGGUGGCCAGGGCCACCAAGAUCCAACUAUACGAGACUCCAACCGGUUGGAAAUUUUUUGGGAGCUUGAUGGACGCAGGACGUCUCUCACUGUGUGGGGAGGAAAGUUUUGGCACAGGUUCAGAUUAUAUCCGGGAGAAGGAUGGGCUUUGGGCAGUGCUAGCAUGGCUGUCCAUCCUAGCGGUGAGGAGGCAAAGUGUAGAAGACAUUAUGACAGACCAUUGGAGAACCUACGGGAGGAACUACUACACCAGAUUUGAUUAUGAGGCGGUGGAUUUAGAUGCGGCUGUGGAGAUGAUGUUGGAUCUUGAGCUGGUGGUUUCAGACAAGGCAUUCAUUGGGCAAGUGUUUGCUGUGGGAGAAAAGAAAUACCAAGUGGAGGCGGCAGACAAUUUUGAGUACAGUGACCCUGUGGAUGGAACCAUUUCAAGAAAUCAGGGUUUGCGGAUCAUUUUUAAAGGAGGUUCUCGCAUAAUCUUUCGUCUUAGUGGGACCGAUAGUUUCGGAGCCACAGUUCGCCUGUAUAUCGACAGUUUUGAGAAAGACAUAAGCAAGAUCUUUCAGGACCCACAGGUGGCGCUGGCGGAGCUCGUCACCAUUGCCCUGCAGCUUUCACAGAUACAUGAAAGAACCGGGCGAAGAGGCCCUACUGUUAUUACAUGAUUAGCCUACUUUUAAUGCCCUUUUACUUUUUCGUUCUUUUUUUCUAUACAUUGCUUUCGGCGAAAAAUAUAAUUGCAACAUGUUCUCGCGGGUCGCCUUAUCAGAAGGAAAACUGAUACCUCGAGCUUUACGUUUAUUCUUGGCUUAUGAAUAUUAAUUACGUCACUUGACGUUUCAGGAAGGUUACCGAGCAACGUGGCCAUAACUCAAUUAAUAUUCAUGAACUAACCACUGACGAAAUUUGUAUUCAUGAAUUCGCUGCCCAACAACGACAUGUUGGACUCAAAAACAAGCUCUGAUAUCAAGUAAUAAUGUAAUAUACUGGCUGAAAUUAGACGCAGCUGUCACACAGCUUUUAUGUAGUGUUAAAAAACUGAAACAGGAAGUGCUUCUGGACCAGUUUUGUUUACAUCCUGCAGUAGCCAUGGAAGCAUAUGAUAUACUGCCCUGCUCUCCAUCAACACAGAUCAUUACGAACAGCCAGGAGCUGGAGGACGGUGUGGCAGGUAUGGAGCUGAAGUCAAGCGAAAGGCAAGA